GCGCCUGAAAUUCAAACUCCGAAAUCUCUUUCCCUGCGGUUCAAAAAAUUCACCGUAGGGAAUCCGGAGCCUGUGAAAAAAAAAAAAUUACAAGGGCUCUUUUCUCCGAGAUCUCUCUUUAGCUCGGGGGGUCAUCACGAGACCCUAUUCUCCUCUUUUAAGGACCCAUCCCACCUUUCAUUAAUUUCUCCCAUCUUUCAUUAAUUUCCGAGUCCCUCCAACCCCAACCUGGUAUCUGGAGUUUCCCCAACCUUCAAACGGGAGUCUCAACUUUCUUUUAGCUCCUUCUUGUCCCAUCCGAUGUUUCCCUAGAGGGAACGAGGGAAAAAUUAACGCCUUGUUUGUAUUAGUUCGAUUCUGCUGAGAAUUAAUAGCAUGCAGAGGGAUCAGAGCAAGCUGGGAUUGGGAAUAAAUCCAGUGGUAUCGGCGGGGGCGACGAUUUUCCGGCAGUUGAAGAAGAGCCGGAAGAGCUCGUUGGCGGGGAGCUCGACGGGCGGCGCGGUGCUUCUCUUCUUCCUCAUCGUCCUCCUCCUUGGCGCCUUUAUUUCAGCUCGCUGGAUUAACGACUCGGACAUUAGAAGCAUAACAGCCACUGCUACCGAGACUCAGAUUCUGAUCGUAACUCCCACCACCACCCUCCAGCAAGCCCCACCACCCCAACCUCUCCCCCCAAAACCAAAACCCAAACAAAAACCCAAACCAAAACCCAAACCACUCAUAAUACCAUUCAGCUGCCCAACUGGCAACCAGAACUUAACCGACAUCUGCCCUUCAACACCACUGCCACCUCCGCUUUCCGACGACGCCUCCCUCCCCCCUUCCCCCUCAUGCCCGGGCUACUUCCGGUGGAUCCACGAGGACCUCCGCCCGUGGAAGUCGACAGGCAUCACCCAAGAAAUGGUCGAAAGAGCCCGAAGGACUGCCAACUUCCGGCUUGUCAUCCUUGACGGUCGGGCCUACGUUGAGUACUACCGCCCCUCCUUCCAGACCAGGGAUGUCUUCACUCUCUGGGGUAUCCUCCAGCUCCUCCGCCGCUACCCGGGCCGCAUCCCGGACCUUGAACUCAUGUUCGACACCGUCGACUGGCCUGUCAUCCUAGCCCGGGACUACCGCUGCAGGAACGCAUCGGCGCCGCCACCUUUGUUUCGAUACUGCGCCAAUGAUUUGACACUCGAUAUCGUCUUCCCUGACUGGUCCUUCUGGGGUUGGCCGGAGAUCAACAUAAAGCCAUGGGAGGCGCUGCAGAGGGAGCUGAAGGAAGGGAAUGAGAGAGUGAGGUGGAUGGAUAGAGAGCCUUAUGCCUACUGGAAGGGAAAUCCAGUGGUGGCCCCCACCCGGCAGGAUCUUCUUAAAUGCAAUGUAUCUGAAGCUUAUGAUUGGAAUGCUCGGCUCUAUGCCCAGGAUUGGUUCAAAGAGACUACGGGAGGGUUCAAGGAAUCAGAUUUGGCCAGCCAAUGCAUUCAUAGGUACAAGAUUUAUAUUGAGGGGACAACAUGGUCAGUGAGCGAGAAGUAUAUUCUGGCAUGCGACUCACUGACACUGCUGGUGAAUCCAAGGUUCUAUGACUUCUUCACAAGAGGGCUGAUGCCGGUGCAGCAUUAUUGGCCGGUGCAGAGCGACAACAAGUGCAGGUCCAUCAAAUUUGCCGUUGAUUGGGGCAACUCUCACAAGCAAAAGGCACAUGCUAUAGGGAAGGAGGCAAGCAGCUUCAUUCAAGAGAAACUGAAGAUGGAAUAUGUCUACGAUUACAUGUUCCAUCUGUUAAGCGAAUAUGCGAAGCUCUUGAGAUAUAAGCCUACAAGACCACCCAAUGCCGUGGAAUUGUGCUCCGAGUACAUGGCUUGCCCUGCAGAAGGUCUUGAGAAAAAGUUUAUGAUGGACUCCAUGGUGAAGUCUCCUCAUGAUUCAGCCCCAUGCACGCUCCCUCCACCCUUCAGUCCAGUGGAGCUCAAGAUUUCAGCGAGGAGGAAAACUAAUGCCAUAAAGCAAGUGGAGUUCUGGGAGCAGAGAGCUUGGGAGAGUCAAAAGAGUAGGCCAAUGCAAUAAAGCAGGUGUUAACAACCUUUUUCCUUGUCCAUAGUCCUACGGUUGCAUAUAGGAUAGGUUGUUAAGUUUCAAACUUAUGGCCAAGUAGCUGAUCAUCUAUAUUCCCUCCACGUAUUCAGGUACAUAAAUUAUGGGGUCCCUUUUAUUUUUGUUCUACUUUUUGGGAUCUCAGGCAUUUUGAUAGUAAUUUGGUUCUCUAUAAAUUAUUGGAAUGGUCUUGAGGUUUCACAGGAUGCUGUGCUUUGUGCUAUUGACAUAGUCAAGAAUGUGUAUCUCAAAAUAUGAUUCUUGGCUGCUGAGGCAUGACAUUUUGGUGAAUAAUCUGAAAGGAUGCCUUGUGAGAGUUGAACAAUCAACUGAGCCACCGAGGAAACAAAACAUUGUUUGAAUGGCUGAAGCAGAGUUUGUAAUAAUCUCUUUACAUUCAAAAACUGGAUGUUGUUAUAAUUUCUACUGGCAAUGCUUGUGAGAGCCCAACAUGCUGAAUUUUCUUUUUU